AUGACAAUGCGGAAGCGUUUCUAUCCCAGUGAUCCGGCAGAUUUCAGUGAACUAUUACAAGAAGCGCAAGUUGUUGGCUGUGAUGAAAUUACGGAAGAUUUUCUGAUUUAUUCACUGAGAGAUUGGAUAAGUAUUUAUAAUAAAACGUAUUACCAGUGGUUUUUGGAACGACCUAAUUGUCAUUUAAUUAAUCGAAAUCAUCGAUUGAGACGAUGGGUCACGCAGCUUCGGAUUCAUAAAACCCAAAAAUUGCUUUUGGCGGCAAGUUUUCUACAGAUGGAUACCUUGUUAGAUGACAUGUGUAAUUUUUGUGCCGGAUUGAUAGCAGCGAGAACACCUGAAGAAAUUGAAAGAGUAUUUGGAAUAGAAUAUGAUAGUUCUGACAGUACUGAAGAAGAACUAUUGGAACUCCAAAAAAAGGGCAAAUGGUUUGAAGCGUUAAUACGAUACCGCAGAGGUAGAGCAGCGUUCUUAGACAUGUUCGUGAGUACGGAACCGGAGCAGGUACCGGAUGGACUGUGCACCUCCGUGUUACAUUGUCGAGUCUUGCCCAGAAAUACUGUUCAACACUUAUCUCACAUGCUAAGAACAUAUUUCCGGACUUAA